AUGGCGGGCGGUAAGAAAAAGUCUAAAUCUCAAUCUUUACCAUUAGAUUUAGAAACCAUCCAUCCAUUGGAACAUUUACAAGAAGUCCCUAAAUCAAGAGCUUCUUCAAUCACUUCAAUUGAAUCUGCUGAUGAACCAUCUGGUAUGAAGCAAGUUUUAGCUCCACCUCCAGUUCGUGAAUUUGAUGAAUUGGAACAAUUUGAAGCUUUUGUCCGUGAUGAAACUUGGGAUAAUGAUUUUGAUUAUUUCCAUGGUAGAUUAAAUUAUUAUCCUCCAUUUGUAAUGAAGGAAUGUUCAAAUAAUUUAGAAAAGAUUAAACCUACUACUAAUAAAAAUUCUAAAAAAUUUAGACGUCAUUUACAACAACAUAUUGAAAAACAUUUAUUUAAAGAUUUAGAAAAAUGUUGUGGUUAUGAAUUGAAUUUUGCAAAAGCUGAUAUUGUUGAAACUCCUGAUAAAUUAACUUGGAAAUUUAGAGAUGAAUCUGAUCAUGGAUUUUCUAAGGAAGAAGAAGAUAAAUUUCAUAGACAUUGGAAAUUGGAAAUGUCAGUUACUUGUAGUAAUGAAUCUGCUUUAGUUGAAAUUGACUAUCAAGCUAUUCCAAUUUUAUAA